AUGGCCCCACCUAUAGCCUGGAGAAGGGAUACCGUUUUGAAAAGGAAGGUUUUCAAGGUCCGACAAGACAGAUCCAAGUUCUUACCAGUCUAUGCUGACCAAGUCUGUCAGGUGCAUUGGACAGUCAAGCACUUCUUCUGUGAGGUGACAAAGGAGUUUCUGUGUGAGGCGUGCUGUGACAGCAAGGCCCAUGAGGAGCAUGGGCACAACGAGAUAAAAUCGCUAGCGGAGCACUAUCGACAGCAGCUCCUGCGACAAAUGCGGCUUCUGUGGCGGAAGAAACAGGAGAACCAGCGAGAGCAGCAAAGGGAAUCCACUGUAAUCCUCUGUUGGAGAAAGUACCUGGCUCUGCGGAGAGAGAUGAUCCGUGAGGAAUAUCACAAAGUGAAGCAUUUGCUCGUUAGUGAAGAAAAGUGUUCUCUGGAGAGAAUAGAAAUGGAAGGAAGAUACAUUUACGAGAAACUGGUGGAUAAUAGGAACCUGAGGAGAAAAGUAGAGGAGCUCCUCCAAGUGUUGUACUGGAAACUGGAGGGCAAGUGCCGAAGACCAGACGAGGAGCUGCUCCUUAAGUGGGAAAGCCUGAUGACAAGUAGUCAGAUACUGCAAGAGCAGGUGCCCCAGCCUCUGAACAUCUGCCUCAGCUCCCAGCCCAUUACCGGCCUUGUCCGAAGGCUCUCCGGCUGCCUAGAGCACCUGAGCUGGGAGGAAGAGAAAACCACUUUGAACAGCCCCCUGCUAGAAGGUGUGAGGGCCCCACUCCGUAGAGCUGAUGGCCCAGAGGAUGUCCAACAAUGGCCAAAACUGAAAUACUUUCUUACCUGGGCCUCACAGUGCUUCACUUCCGGGCAGCAUUACUGGGAGCUGGAUGUGGGGGGAUGCCAAAACUGGGUUGCUGGCUUGUGCUCCAACUCUUGGACAAAAAAGAACGACAUGGCGCUAGACUCAGAGGGGAUCUUUCUGCUUAUAUGUGUUAAAGAGGACGAUCAGUGCAGGCUCUUCACCUCUUCCCCACUCCAGCCACAAUUUGUGAAAUGGUCACAGAGCACCAUGGGGGUAUUCCUCGAUUACGAUCGUGGCACUGUGAGUUUUGUUGAUGUGGUCAACAGCUCCCUGAUUUGCAGUUUACUCUCGUGCACAUUCUCUGCUCCUCUCAGGCCUUUUCUUUGCUCUGCAAGCCCGUGACCCAGGACAGCUUCGAGCGUGGGUGUGAGGAAUGCCAGUAGACCCAAGAGGUUGGAGUGAGCACCUGCCAUGCCUGCCAUCUUCCUUCAGGAAACAGUGAUGGUUUUUACAGAUUUUUAAAUUCUACCUUGUGAAGGGCAAGUGUUUAUUUUAGUAGUCUUAAAUAAAAAUAUUUUUUAGAU